UUCUCUCAAACUUGAUGGAAUAAAAAGUUUUUUUAUUUCUGUUAAAAUUUAUUGCUUUAGAGAUUAAAUAUUGAUACUUUGCAUGAAUUCAGCCGAAUUUGAAUAGGUCUGUAAUAAUGAACCCAGCCAUUCUGUUCUUAGUGAUCUUUUCAACUUUAAGUUUAUAUACUAAAGCUCAACGUAGUUAUCCAGCAUGCGGUGAUCAAGAAGAAUGCACAGUCCACACCGCGUGCGAUGAGUUCAAGAAACUGACUGUAAAAGGGUUUUUAACAAAAGAUGAGAGAAAAUAUUUUUCAAGUAAGCUGUGUAAGAACAUUAAUCAUAUUUAUCAUGUUUGCUGUGCUAGAAAAAUGGAUGAAACAAGAACAACAGUGUUGAGUCUUACAACAGAGUCGACUCUACAAACAGAGCCAAGUCUGCAAACAGAACCGACUCUACAAACAGAACAUACACAACCGACUAUACCAAGAUCCAAACUUCCAACAGCACCAAACUGUGGAUUUCAUAUUGAUAACAGAAUUGUUGGAGGAGUAGAAACCUCAAUAGAAGAUUAUCCAUGGAUCGCAAAAAUUUUGUACUUAAAAUCUAAUAAUAAGACCGGCAGUCAUUGUGGUGGAAGUUUGAUCAACGAGCGUUAUGUCCUAUCUGCAGCACAUUGUGAAAGAAGAAUUCCACCAUCAUGGAAACUUACUGCAGUACGUCUUGGAGAUUGGGACACAAGAACAAAUCCUGAUUGUCAGAAAUUCAAUAAUGAAGAAUUGUGUAAUGAUCCAUACGUGGAUGUUGAUGUUAUCGAAAUUAUUGUUCAUCCAGAAUAUAUUCCAUUAUCACCAAGUCAACCAAAUGACAUCAUGAUGCUUAAACUUAAGGAUACUGUUGAAUUUUCAAAAUGGAUAAAACCAAUCUGCUUGCCACAUGAUCCCAGUGUUGGUGGAAUAGAUUUUACUAAAUUAUCAUUGGAAGUUGCUGGAUUUGGAAAGACUGAUAAUGCAACAUCAAGUAAUGUUAAAAUGAGAUUAGAUGUAGACGGAGUUGAUCAAGAGAGAUGUACAGGAUAUUAUGGACCAAAGAGUGUCAGUAUAACAAGUUAUCAGAUUUGUGCUGGAGGCGUGGAAGGAAGAGACAGUUGCAAUGGAGAUUCUGGAGGACCUCUAAUGAGAUCCGGAAGCUUUCCUAAUACAAUUUAUCCACACUUUUUACUGGUCGGCAUUGUUUCGUUUGGUCCUAAGAAGUGUGGAACUAAGGAUGCUCCAGGAGUUUAUACUCGAGUAUCAGAAUACAUUGACUGGAUUAACAGCAACAUUAAUUAAUUAUUAAUUUUGAAAUAAAUGAACUGAGAAAUUUAUGAAACUUCUUUUGAACUC